GACAUGUUGUACAUAGAGGUCCAAAUUGAGUACGGCAGUGUCAAAUACGAGCGAGGUAUGAAAGUAAGUAUAUCAUGAUGAUGAUCUCUACUGGUGCACGAAAAAUGUCAUCUACUGGUGGUAAAGGGUACCAGGCUUGUGCUUCGUGUCAUUGUUUGCCACUUGUAGGACCUGAAAGUUUCAGUUCCACACUGCCGUCCCGCCUUACUUCCCGCGCGCCGAGGGGCGGGGGCUACGGCAGUUUCUAUUGUCAAUAAGCCGCGCGGAUGUACUGUGGAUGCUUCAAUCAUUAUCUGAACAAGAAAGAACAGACUUUAUAACUUUCCCUCCGUUCGAGGCUAAGUGUCAUACACGUUUGCAAAUGCCAUCUAGAACGCAGUCACUAAAAGCAUAAAACGGCAGUCUUUCCUCGUUAUUUCACGCUCUAUCACCCACACACCAAACAAGAAUCAGCUCGAGAAACAACAAUUCUUCAUUCAUUCCAUUUCAAGUCUAGAAAUUCCUUACUCUCCACCAUGCCUAAAGGAUCUUGCUUGUGCGGCGAUAUUCAAUAUGAAUACACAGGGGAACCAACCUUGACUGCUCUUUGCCAUUGCAAUGCAUGUCAAAAAUGGUGUGGGGCUACCUCCUCCUCCAAUCUUCUUUUAUCUCGAACUCAAUUCAAGCUCGUACAAGGAACUCCCAAGACAUUUGAGAUGCCCGGAGAUUCCGGAAAGAUCAACAAGCGGUCAUUCUGCGGGACCUGUGGAAGCAGCCUUUUUGGCGAACUUGAGCUCUUGCCUGAACUUAUCGGUAUCAAAGCUGGGACCCUUGAUAACGGUGCUGCUGAUUAUGGCAAAGUUGCGACUGAGUUCUACACGGAAAAACGAGUAGGCUUCUGUAGAGCUAUUGAUGGUGCAAAACAAGAGCCCAAGUUUGGGAACUAAGUAAAUACUUUCAUAUAGUGGAAGGGAUGAGAAAAAGUCGUGGUGCAAUAUUUGAGGAUGUCAUUUGCGUGGGGGGGGGGAUUUUCAGGGGAGGUCUUUGCAUAAAGUUUUAGGUUGGUUCUGGCAUUAUGUAGAAAUCAGAUACUAUUGGCAGCAUUUCUUCCGACUUCGUUAGUUUUCUUUGGUAAUAAUUGAAUUUCUUCCCCUGA